GCUGCAGAGAGACCGAAGUUUAAGAGAGGAAGCCAUUGAAGUUGGAGAUGGUUCCACUGAAAAGGAGCGCGUUGCCCUUGCGUUUGUGUGCGUGGGCGCUGUGCUGGGGCUCCGUGUGCUCGCUGGGAAUGCUUUUCCCCCGGGAGACGUCCUCCCACGAGCUAAAGCCUCUGAACGGAUUGUGGAGCUUCAGAGCGGACAAGUCCCCCAACCGGAAUGAGGGCUUCGAAAGAGCGUGGUACGAAACCAAACUGUCGGAGACUGGACCUGUCAUUGACAUGCCGGUGCCGGCCAGCUACAACGACAUCACCCAGGACCCUUCCCUGAGAGAUUUCAUUGGCUGGGUUUGGUAUGAGCGAGAGGUGGUGCUUCCUUCCCGCUGGGUCGCCGAUGAAGCCACAAGAUUAGUCCUGCGAGUGGGCAGCGCUCAUUACUAUUCCAUGGUGUGGGUCAAUGGGGUGAAAGUGGUGGAGCAUGAAGGAGGCCAUCUUCCUUUCGAGGCUGAGGUCGGAAGUGUCCUUCGCAAGGUCCCGGAGGCAACAUGCAGAAUCACCAUAGCAGUCAACAACACUCUGACUCUGCAGACUCUUCCACCUGGAACCAUCCAGCACUUCAAUGACCGCACUAAGUAUCCUGCAGGCUUUUUUGUACAAAACAUCAACUUUGAUUUCUUCAAUUACGCUGGGAUACACCGACCAGUGGUGCUAUACACAACCCCUCUGGCUUAUGUCGAUGACAUCACUGUGGUGACCGACUUCUUGGACGACACAGGUUUGGUUCAGUACCAGGUUUCAGUCCAGAAUGCUGACACCGCCACAUUGCAAGUGGCACUGACCGAUGCCAGCGGCCGCUGUGUGGCAUCCUCCACUGGAACGUCUGGAGUCCUCAAAGUUCCAGAUGUCAAGCUCUGGUGGCCGUACCUCAUGCAUGAUUCGCCAGGUUACCUCUACUCUCUGGAGGUUCACAUGAAAGCAGAUGGUAACGGCUCCACAUAUGAGGAUUUUUACGCUCUGCCUAUUGGCAUCAGAACCGUCAAUGUCACCAGCACGCAGUUCCUCAUCAACAACAAACCAUUCUACUUCCAUGGCGUCAAUAAGCACGAAGACUCGGAUAUCCGGGGUAAAGGUCUGGACUGGCCGCUGAUCGUGAAGGACUUCAACCUCCUCAAGUGGCUGGGAGCCAACUCCUUCCGCACCAGUCACUACCCAUAUGCAGAGGAGAUCCUGCAGAUGUGUGACCGUCACGGCAUCGUGGUGAUUGACGAGUGCCCGGGGGUCGGCAUCAAGGAGAUAUCAAGUUUUGGGAAUGCAUCCUUGAAGCAUCACCUGGAAGUGAUGGACGAGCUGGUGCUUCGGGACAAGAACCACCCGUCUGUGGUCAUGUGGUCCGUAGCCAAUGAGCCGGCUUCAGAGAUGCCUCCUGCCGAAUACUAUUUCAAGACUCUGAUCGCACAUACCAGAUCUCUGGACCCCACUCGGCCCGUCACUUACAUCACAAACAGCAACUUUGCCAGGGACAAAGGGGCUCCAUAUGUGGAUGUGGUGUGUGUGAACAGCUACUUCUCCUGGUACCACGACCCAGGUCAUCUAGAGGUCAUCGCCAUUCAACUCAACACCCAGUUUGAGAACUGGUAUGGAAAGUACCAGAGGCCCAUCAUCCAGAGUGAAUAUGGGGCCGAUGCUGUACCAGGACUGCACAGCGACCCUCCCAUGAUGUUCACUGAGGAGUACCAGAAUGCAGUACUGCGGAUCUACCAUGACGUGUUUGAUGAGAAGAGGAAGCAAUAUGUAGUCGGUGAACUCAUCUGGAACUUUGCAGACUUCAUGACAGCACAAGGGAUCACCAGGGUGGUGGGAAAUAAGAAGGGCGUUUUCACCCGACAGCGGCAGCCUAAAGCUGCAGCGUUCGUUCUGAAGGAGAGGUAUUGGAGGUUAGCGAACGAGACUGGCAGACUUCCUCUGUGGGCAAAAUACCCAUGUCCUUUGUGAUUUGGACAUCUCUGUAUUUUUUUUGUACUGCGGGUUUUUUGUGCUUAAAAAAAGAAAUUGUAUUUUAACUAAAAAAAGAGAGUUAUGAUGCAGAACCAGGUUCAGCGGCCCAUACGAACUAAGAUUUACAUACACGCUCAUACCACUUCGCCUCUGCAUGUUUAUGGACUUUGGGAGGAAAUGGGCGUGUCUAAGAAAUUACUGUGAUUUCAGGUGUAAAGGUUUUUCAUAUUUUUAAAAUGAUUCAACCUCACUUUAGUGGCUGGAUGUAAACGCUGCAUAAUUUUCAAAUGAAUUUAUGAAAGACAAAUCAAGCGCUUGGGAUUCAAGGUUUUGCAAGGGACUUGUAGAAUGAAAAAUGUGACUUCAGUAUUCUCAGGUCUUUUUAUUUUUUCAUGAAUGUUUUCUUAUAAUAAAAAUGAGCUAGUGAACCAAGACACAAUCUUCAUUGUCCCUUUUGUUUACAACCAAAAUAAAUUGUUAUUUUAGUGCUUAAUGUUUAUUUAAGAUGCUUAAAUCCCAUGUUGCGUACAAAUCAUAUCCAUGGUUUUAUGGUUAAAAUACUGCAGCAGAAAAGAAAAUUCUUAUAAAAAUGUAAUUCCUUCUGAUAUUUUUAACAACCUAUGUUGUCAUAGAAUAUAACACUAUUAGAGUAGCUGUGGUUUUAAAACAGUUUGAUCACAAAUGAAAUGUGAAGUAAAAACCGUUUGAGUAUAUUUUGAGUGUUCAAGAUCUGCCUGAGGUUUAUUCCACCGAAUAAUAUUGCUAUUGUUGCGAGUGAUUUGGAAAUUAUAUCUCAUUAUUUUCUC